UUGAGUUGAAGUUCGAUUUACCAGGUCACUGGGUUCCUGUCUUCAUCAAUGGUGGAGCCUCUCUGUGCACUCCCAGCCCUCUCUCUGAUUGGCCUCUUUGCUCUCUUCGUUUCCCCCUAUGCUGUCUCUCUCCACCUCACCCUGUAAGCUCCCUUCCUAGUGUUGUCCCAGUAGCUUCUUGACAAGCCAUUCUAAAGGGCUUAGCAAACAAGAUUAGGGAUCUGAGAGCAACCUAAUCUCCCUCUUUCCCAGCCAUCUGCCUGCCCAGCCUCCCAGGUGCUGUUCUUCCGCAGCCGACAGGAGAAACCAGGAGCGGAGGUCAUAACUUUAUUUAAUCGCAGUAAAGUUUCCUGAUUUCGAACUAUGCUGGCUAUUACGGUGGACGAUUCCAAAGGAAGGUCCUGUUGAUGUAACUCGUUUUCAACACUGCAGAGUUGAAACCCCACUGGAUUUAAGAUGUUGGCGUCUUUGUUGAAAUGCCUUCUGUGUUCACUGGCAUUCCUUUUAGCAUCUGACCUUUUGGGAACCAAAACAGAUGCUUUGUCCGGGGAUGGACCUGUUCUAUCUAACAGACCAGAUCCAUUUGAUAAACUUGGAAUAUCAUCCAUUCUAUCUGUUCCUCAAGGCGUAGUUCAGCCACCUGUCCUCCAGGUUUCACUCCCCCGGCAGAAACGCAACGUGCUUUUCCCAAGUGGGGUCAAACUCUGUGGGCAGGAGAGUGUGCCACAAGCCAUUACAAAUCACCUCAACUACUUUCAUCUGCGAGUCUGUCAGGAGACUGUGUGGGAGGCCUACAAGAUCUUCUGGGACCGCCUCCCAAAUCAGGAAGAGUACCAGACCUGGAUGAGCCAAUGCCUGGAAGGCACGAUCACCGCUCUAGAGAUGGGCAAAAACUUCAGCCAAUCAAAGGAGCACCUGGCCCUGAUUGAGAGGAGAAUGUCCCGGAUGGGUUUUAAAAGUGAGCUCAACAACCCGUGGAACCAUAUGUGCAGCCUCCCGACUCCAGGUACCAACCGGGAAGUUCAAGGAGAACCCACCAAUGACAUAGAGAUGGAGGUGUUGGCUCCGCCCAUGCGCGUCCGGUCUGAGCAGGUAGUGGAUCUGAACAUCUUCCUGAAGGGGGAGAGAUACAGUGAGGCUCUGAGAGACCCUGCCAGUCUCCAGUACCAGACUCUCAACCAGCAGUUCACUGACAAGAUACAAGAUGCUCUUGGAGGACUUCCAGGCUUUAAGGGUGUAGCAGUGCAGGAGUUCAGGCUUCAGAAGGAUGCUCAGGGGGUGGAGGGUGUGGUGGUGGUCUAUUCAGUGACCGUGGAAGUGGCGGAGGAGGGGGUGAGCACUGAGCAGUUGGGCUACCUCCAUCUGCAGUCCAACAGGGUGGAGACAUCCUACAGAGAGGUGGAGGAGAGACCCACAGUGACUGACUUCAGGAACCACAUUACUGAGACUCUGCACAAGGACAACGUCCUCAAUGACACAGUGCCUGUGUCCAGGGUUGCUGAGUCCACCAAGCCCACUGCUGGAACACCUGACGAUGGGGUGGAGGACAUUUUGUCUUCUGAGAUGCCCCCAGAUGCCCCAAAGGUUGAAUCUGAGGAUGUCAUGAUGGGGGAGAAUGAUGUCAUCAUUCUGGAGGAGAGUGUCUCCCUUUCCCCUGAUCCCAAGCGGACCAUCGAUGAUACAGGCCUCCAGGAGGAGGGUCUGCUUUUGGAGAACAUCGUGGCAGACCCGGCCUCCCCUGACCACCUGGGUGAUGCCACGCUCCCCAAGCCGCCAAAUGGGGUGGAGUCCUCUGGUUCAGGGGUUGAAAUACCGGACAACUUGCCUUUUCAGCCCGAGAAAGAAGCUCCUGAAGAGAUUAUUAUACAGGAAGCAGGAGCGGAUGUCUCUGGGGUUGAGGAGGAAUCUGUUAAGGUCCCUGAGCUACAGGAGGAAGUGGCUGAGGUUUCUGUCACAGCAGAAGUUAUAGAAAAGGAAACUCAGUCAACAAAAGACCUGGAGUCCUCCAUCGUAAAGACAGAGACCAUGGAAGAGGUGAAGGAUGAUGUCCCUGUAGAAACAGCUGAAAUUCCUGUGUCGACAGGGAAUCCUCAUGCCAUCGAGACUCUGACCCCAGAUCAGCCUGAAGAGGGCGCCAACGUGAUCCUGGCUUUUCCAGAAUUAGCUGAAGACGGAGAUGAAGUUGGGAGCUUAGAGGAGGGACCAAUCAUUGAGGAGCCAGUAGCCGAAGAGGAAACUUUGAAGGACAAGGAGGCGGACCAAGUUCUGGAUAUUACUGGGGUCUCGGAGGAGGACCUACUGGAAGAGGAGGUGUUAUUGGUUCAUGAGGCAAAAGUGGAGACUGUUGAACCGACGCCUCCCUCAGCAGAGAAGGAGUCGCCCUUCACCCGGGUCUCCGUGCCGACGCCUCCCUCAGCAGAGAAGGAGUCUCCUUUCACCCGGGUCUCAGUGGACGUGAUAGUAGAGGAGAAGGAGGCCUCGCCCCCAGGACCAGAGGCAAAGGACCAGGAUGUCACCUCAGCUCUUGUCCCUGCUGAGAUCCACCCUGGCCCGGACAUCUCUAUUACUCUGGAGCUACAGACCAUAGACCCUGUGACUGACUAUGACUCGGUCCAGUUGGGCGGAAACAACCAAACAGAGGAGGGGAGCAGUGAGUACCCCUCUGGAGUGGGACAUGGUUCGGACCAAAGCAUUGCCAUGCCAACCAACCCUAGGAGGGCGCUGAUGGUGUUCUUCAGUCUGAGGGUCACAAAUAUGAUGUUCUCAGAGGAUCUCUUCAAUAAGAGCUCACCGGAAUACAAGGCCCUGGAGCAAAGGUUCCUGGAACUGCUCGUCCCUUACCUCCAGUCCAACCUCAGUAACUUCAAGAACCUGGAGAUCCUCAACUUCCGCAACGGCAGUAUCGUGGUGAACAGCCGAAUGAGGUUUGGGAAGCCAGUCCCUCGUAGUGUCAACAGUGUUGUGUAUCUGAUCCUGGAGGACUUGGCUAACACAGCCUACCAAACCAUGAACCUGGCAAUCGAUAAGUUCUCUCUGGAUGUAGAGUCCGGUGACCAGGCGAAUCCGUGUAAGUUCCAGGCAUGUAAUGAGUUUGCUCAGUGUCUGGUGAACCAGUGGUCUGGUGAAGCCGAAUGUGUGUGUGACGCUGGGUUCUUCAGCGUGGACGGGCUACCCUGUCAGAGCAUCUGUGACCUGCAGGCAGAUUUCUGUUUGAACGAUGGCAAGUGUGACAUCAUACCAGGACAGGGAGCUAUCUGCAGGUGUCGUGUGGGGGAGAACUGGUGGUACCGCGGGGAACACUGUGAGGAAUAUGUGUCAGAACCGCUGGUGGUCGGCAUUGCGAUUGCCUCGGUAGCAGGUUUCCUACUGGUGGCUUCCGCUGUGAUCUUCUUCCUGGCAAGGACCCUACGGGAUCAAUACGACAAGGAUGAGGCAGAGGACCCCAUACGGCGUGGGGAGAGCAUCCCGUCUCUGGAGAGAGCCACUAAGUACAACCCCAUGUUUGAGAGCGAAGCCACAACGGCCUACAGCCACUACUAUCGGCGUUACCCAGAAGCCCCAGUCUACAGCAGCGCCAGCGCAGAGGCCUCCACAGACUUCAGCAGCGAGGAGAUACGCCACAUCUACGAAAACAGCGAACUGACCAAGGAGGAAAUCCAAGACAGAAUACGUAUCAUUGAGCUCUAUGCCAAAGACCGGCAGUUUGCAGACUUUGUGCGGCAUCAUCAAACUACCCUGGAGACACGCACAGAGAGUGUGUCUACGUAGGCCUGCAUGGACCUCUGUCUCAACAAGGAACCCUCUCCUUAACUUGUGAGCACUGGAGGGUUUUAGCUCUUGUCCUGCCCAAUGUCUGUGCCUUUCCUGUUCUACUGGAAGGAGGGAGGCGGCUUCGUUUUGGGGAAGAGCCGCUCCCCCCCCACCAAGAAUGGUUUGCAUUACAAGAAAGGAUGAUAAAGAAAAUGCAAUGCUCUCUGGGAUACCUUUAGAUUACAGACAAGACAUCGUAGAGUAUUUAAUUGGCAUGGCGGGAUGAAUGUAGCUAUGGUAACGUUUAUUUUUAUUCAUGGGAAUAUUGGCCAGGUACUUUAAUGUGUGAUUGUCAUUAUAUCUGCUAAUGUUACAUGGACUUGUGGUUGAAGUACUGUAUAUGAACUAGCCAGUUCUUAAAGGGAUAGUUCCUACCAAGACGGCCCAAGUCAGGCCUUCAGGAAACUCAGUUGUUUAGUUGGAAGCAGGUGGUUGUCCUCGGGGUCACAGCAGGUAGUUGUCCUCUGAGUCACAGCAGGUGGUUGUCCUCUGGGUCGCAACAGGUGGUUGUCCUCUGGGUCACAGCACCUGGUUGUCCUCUGGGUCACAGCAGGUAGUUGUCCUCUGGGGCGCAACAUGUGGUUGUCCUCUGGGUCACAGCAGGUGGUUGUCCUCUGGGUCGCAACAGGUUGUUGUCAUCUGGGUCGCAACAGGUGGUUGUCUUCUGGGUCGCAGCAGGGGGCUGCUGUUUCACAUGGUUACAUUUGUUGAGCAGCCGAAUGGUCAGCGAUUGGUGCAGGUAUUGGUGCUAUGGGGUCUUUUAUGGGUUUCUAGCCUGUAGGAAGUCUAGGUAGGUUUCGCUGGGGCAGAAUUUGGGUUAGAUGGACUCAGUGGACAAAUCUCAGCCCUAUAAUAUUCUGGGGAAGAGUUGCACCCAGUACAGAAGGUAUGGGGUAGCAUUAGUUCUUUUUUGAAAAGUGGGUACAUUUUCUUACAUUUUUGUGUAACUUCCUAUAAAAUAUCCUCCUCCUUUCACUCUACAUCAAGAACAAGCUAAAGUUGGGUUUCUGUAAGGAAAAAAGUAUUUUCGAGUGAGAGAGUGAAAGAGAGAUGUUGCCAGACGAGCAGCAUAUAAGUGAAAACACAUUUAGAAUGGAAACAAUCUUCAAGGGGAAAGAACCAAGGAUUUAAUCAGGCGGUCUGUUUUCAGAUAUAAUCCGAUAGAAAGCAUUAAAAAAUGAAUGUUAAAUGUUAAAGGGUAAACAACAUGUGUUUUGUGAAUAAGAAAAAUCUUAGCAGCAGCUUUUACUAAUAUUAAAGUUCACCAGCAAUUUCAGUAAUGGUCCAAUCUAUAACCACUAGAUUAGAUGCCAUCCUUGCUUUAAGCUGGAAGUGUUUCAUUUUCAGAGUGGUUUCCAUGUUGUUCGUUUUGUGUUUUCGUCUGUUCCUCCACAGGGUCACAAGCUUGGCCUUUCAAACAAUAUGUCCGGAGUGAAUCCUCACAGUUGCAGCUCUUUUUCACACUUGAUUUGACUGUACGUAGUCAUAUGAGGUCAUUACAAUGAACAUGUUGAAUCCCAAAUGUCAAACUGUUCUCUGUAGUGUUAGCCUGUAGUAGUACUCUAUUCAGGUUGUAUGUCAUUUGGGACUCAUCCACAGCUACUGUACAGGAUGUUUCAUGUUUUAGCUUCAUGUUUACACUUUCUGUUUCCCUGGACUUUCCUCAGUCUUCUGUAUGACCCCACAAACCCGGGUUACUCUGAUAAAGAACACGCAAACCUUCCAUGUAUGACAAUGUCAGAUCAUUUUACCUGCCGUCUAUCUACACGCAAUACCACAUAACGACAAAGCAAAGUCAGGUUUGGGAAAUGUGUGAAAAUGAAAGACCUUUGUAGAAGCGUGUUUAGCAGCGACAGUGUCUGUCAGUUUUGUCCACCUGGAUUUGGGCAGUUUCUCCCAUUCAUCCUUGUAGAUCCACUCAAGCUCUUUUAGGUUUGGAUGGGGAGUGUUGGUGAAGGACAUUCAUUGACUGGUUCUGAAGCUGCUCCACGUUGGCUUAGCGGUGUGUUUCAAGUUGUUGUCAUGGUGAAAGCUGAAUCUUCGACCCAGCGUGAGGUUCUAUACGCUCUUCAUCAUGUUUUCUUCAAAUGCUUCAUUUUGUUCUCUUCUUCGUCCCACCAGUCUCUCGUCAGACCAAAUCCAAUUUUUUUCAUGGUAUCAGAGUCCUUCAGGUGUCAUGUCAAUACACUGUUUCUCAGAAAUGGCUUCUAUUGAGCCACUCCACCAUAAAGACCUGAUUGAUGGAGUGGUACUUUUGAAGUGGUAAAUUCUGAAGCUUUGUUAGAGUUGCCAUUGGGUGUUUGUACACAUCCCUGGCCAGUCUGUUAGAGUGGCCAUUGGGGUUUUGUACAUCUCCUUGGCCAGUCUGUUAGAGUGGCCAUUGGGUGUUUGUACACAUCCCUGGCCAGUCUGUUAGAGUGGCCAUUGGGGUUUUGUACAUCUCCUUGGCCAGUCUGUUAGAGUGGCCUUUGAGUGUUUGUACACAUCCCUGGCCAGUCUGUUAGAGUGGCCAUUGGGUGUUUGUACACAUCCCUGGCCUGUCUUGCCCGUUUACAUAGUUUGGUCAGCUCUAGGAAAAGCCUUGGUGCUUCCAAUAUUAUCCUACUUCAUAGUGAUGGAACCCACUGGGCUUAUGGGAACUUUCAAUGCUUUAGCAAUGUUUUAUAACCUUACUCAGAUGCAUCAAGACAAUUCUCUUAGGGCUGCCAAGGGUUUCUCCAUGGCUUGCCACUGUGAAGUAUAGGACCUUAUACAGACAGGUGUGUGCCUUUCUUAAUCAAGUCGAUUCAAUUUAUUUGCCACAGUUGGCCCACCAGUUGUAGAUGUCAAAGCUGAUCAAAGGACACAGGAAGCGUCUUAGCCCAGGAAAGUGUUUGAAUACUUUGGUACAUAGACAUUUCAGUUUUUAUUUUAUAAACGUUUUUACUUUGUCAUUAUGGGGUAUUGUGUGUGUAUUAAUGGCAAAUGAAUAUUCUAAGUCUAUAACACAUCAAAAUUAGGAGAAAAAUGAAGGGGUCUCAAUACUUUCCAAAGGCACUGUACAUAUUGCAUUGUACAAAUGCCAUAUUUCUUUCUUUUCUUUUUUUUACAUAACCUCUGGUUUAAUAUUUUUACAAUAUGACUACUACUUGCAGUUCUGUUAAUAUGUAUUCUUAAAAAAUAUUAAUACAAUAAAGCAAUAAAUAAAAUCUUUUUUUACUAAA